AUGAAUGACGCUUUAAAACAGUUAGAACAUCAUGCUACAAGUAAAGCUGAAUAUCUAAUUUAUGAUACGAAUCAGUAUAAUGAACUACUAAACGAGUUAUGGGAUCCUGAUUGUGACCAAUAUAUAAAUAAAGACCAUGUUAAAAAAAAAAUUGUCCGUAUGUACACUCCAAAUUUAGUAAUGAUACAACAACGUUGCAAAAAACAUCCGUGGUCUCGUGAGAAAUAUUUUUAUGCUAUAGCUGCAAAAUAUAAAAUAUCAAAAAACAAAGCUAUAUUUGUCAUGGCUUCAGCAAAUAUAAUUGAUCACAACCGUAAAAAUAAAAAAUAUUUUGAAAACAAAAUAGUAGAAAGUGCAAAUUUAUUCCAAGCUGAAGUUGAUUCUGAAGAUGAUAUUAGAAAUGGAAAAAUAAAAAAAACGUUUGUUAACUUAAGUGGAUACAUUAAUGAUGAACAUGGUUCCAUUUAA